CGCAUGCGCAGGUUAUCAUGGUGGAUGAGGCGGUCGGUGAAGUGUGUGGUUUUACCUUACUAAAGUUUUAGAGACAAAAAUGGGGCAUUAAGUCAGAAACUCUACCAUUUUAAGAUAGGUCAUAGUAAGGACCCCUACAAGGAGGACAAGACAAACUAUGACAGCGAAGGAGGAACAAGAGAUGGAGCUGGAGGCUCUGCGCUCCAUCUACGAGGGCGAUGAGUGCUUCAAGGAGAUCAGCCCCGUGUCAUUUCAGUUCAGGAUAGGAGACCUGGAGGACUCCAAAGCUUUCAUCUUAGACGUGUCUUGGCCAGACACGUAUCCAGAGACAGCGCCCCAAAUGUCUCUUGAUGCGUUUUUCAAUAACAAGAUUUCUCCAGAGACUAAACAGUAUAUUCUGUCAAAACUGGAGGAACAAGUAGAGGCCAAUCUAGGCACAGCAAUGAUGUACACAUUGUUUGAAUGGGCCAAGGAAAAUCAAGAAUCCCUCAUGGAGAAUCACAAACCCAUAGUACAAGCUGUGACACUGAUCUCAAGUAAUGAAGCUACAGUUACAACUCCAGCCAAGAAGAAGGAAAAGAAGGAGCAACUAACUAAAGCACAGAAGAGAAGGAUGGUCAACAGGACAGAUAACAAAGGAGAGCUUCCCAGAGGUUGGAACUGGGUGGAUGUCAUUAAACAUGUGAGUAUAAAGUUUACAUCCCUCUUACUUUUUUAAAGUUGAACAUGUCUCUAUAUGAUUUUUUCUUAUUGCAGCUGAGCAAAACAGGAGGAAAGGACGAUGACUAAACUUGAAGUAACUCAAGUGUUAAGUGUUGAUUCGAUGAUAUUUGUUCUGCUGUAAAUUGUGAACUUGAAGCAGCCGCGGUGGUUGCUGUUUUGAUGCCUUUACACCUCUUCUCUGAUACUCAGACCAUCCUGAGAACCAAAGUCUGCUGGGUCAGUGAACUCAGCCAUCCCUUUUCAGAUGCCACAUUUACCGCAAGACCAGAGACCUACAGACAGAGACCUAUACUCUGUACCCUGCACUGUCUUCAUCAGGUGGAUAGGAUUGGCGACUUUUAUUCACUGCCAUGUUUCUUGAUAUCAAAUCCACCAGCCAGACAUCAGGCUCAUACAUGUUUCUCUGUGAGUUUAAAAACAUCAUCAUUACUUUGUGAAGGCUUGGGGUCGUUUUUAUGACAAAUAAUCCAAUGUACUUCAUGUUACUUGAUGUAUUUUUUCUUAAAUACAGACUUUUUACAUCAAAAUAAAAUGUUUGGUCUAUAA